AUGGGAACGAUGCCCAACGCGGCAUUCAUGACCCAACAGCGCUCCGGGCAGCCGGCCUACUACAACCUCCAUCAACAUCACCCCGGGCAGGUUAUGCUGAUGAUGCAGCAACAGCCGAGUUCAGCUCUUGCCGAUGACGUUGUGCUGCCAACUUCCACGCUGACACAUACCAAUCGCAACACUCAGAUUAACGCCGACAACUAA